AUGGCUGAAGCUUCGAACUCUGGACCUGAACUAGCUGUUGAUCAAGACUAUGCAAAUCAAUCCGAUUCAGACUAUACUAGUAGUUCUUUAAUAACCGACACAACGAAUACAAAGAAGGCUCAUAUAUGUUACCGAACGAUGAAACUUGAUAUGCAUCACCACAUAUUCGGUCUUCUCCUAGAUGGUGAACUUCACCUUGCGCCAGUCGGGGAGAAUCCGCAGAAUAUAUUGGACGUGGGAACUGGUACUGGGAUCUGGGCUAUCGAGAUGGCAGAUUUACACCCCUCUGCCAAAGUAAUCGGUAUCGAUUUGAGCCCCAUACAACCAAAAUGGGUACCCCCGAACUGUAGUUUUGAAGUCGACGAUGCCGAAAUGCCUUGGACCUUCCCCGUUGACCAUUUCGACCUGAUCCACUCGCGCAACCUGAUGCAGUCAAUUAAAUCAUGGCCUAAAUAUCUUGAGGAAAUGUACAAACACACACGCCCAGGCGGCUACAUUGACGUCGCCGAGCUCGAGGCCGGGAUCCAAUCCGACGAUAACAGCAUUCCCGCGCGGUCCUCCUUGGCGAUAAUAAUGCGCCUAUACGGCGAGGCGCUUGAGGCUGGCGGAUUACCGCAGCACGUGGGGCGUGCCAUGAAGAGGAUGGUUCAGGAGGCCGGGUUUGUGGAUGUUCAGCUCCACAUCAAGAAGCAGCCCCUCGGCGGCUGGCCGAGGAAUCCGGGGCUAAAGAAGGUCGGACAGUAUCUCCAGAUCUGCUGCGAGACAGGGUUUGAAGCAUACUCGAUGGCGCUGUUCACGAGGGUGUUGGGAAUGACGAAUGAAGAGGUGAUGACGUUGGUUGCAGGCGCCAUCAGGGAUACCAGGGAUAGGAAGAUCCACUCGUAUAUAAAUUUCUUCCAUGUUGUUGCGAAGAAACCGGAGUCAGAUUAA